AUGGCAGAUCUCUCUGGCUUGUUCGGCCGCUCAGCUAGCAAUGCUCCUCCACAAGAUCCGCAAGUGCGAAAGCAGCAGAUCAUGAACGAAGUCUCUAACCAAAUGGCCAUGGCCAAUGCGCAAGAGCUCGUCAACAAACUGAACGAAAAGUGCUACGAAAAGUGCAUCACACGACCGUCGACGAGCCUAUCGAGCAGCGAAGAGACUUGUCUCGCUCGGUGUAUGGACCGCUUCCUCGAAUCCUUCAACGUCGUCUCGAGAACCUAUGUGGCGAGGAUGGCGAGAGAGAGGGACGCUCAGCAACUCGCGGCCGGAUCGGUAGAUGACUCAAAGUUCCUGUAGUGCCACUCUGUACAGACUGCAUGCUCGCAGCGUACGAGCGACGUAUGUACAGAGAAUGAGUACAAGAGUGCGAUAUAGCAACAGGCGCGCCAGAGGCUAGACGUGACAUGAGACUGAGCAGGAGAGUCGACUAGCAU